AUGGCUUCGCCUCACAAUCCAUCUAUUAGGGCACAAAAUUUCGACCCCACAACCUGCACCACGACUCACCAAGGCCAGAGCCUCGAUAUCCUGCCUAUUCGAAAUCCCGCGACCGCACAAGCUACUCCAGACUUCACCACCAAGUUAGGGGCACGUUUCGACCGCAGCAAUGGCCAAGUCCAAGAACUCCUCGCAGCACAACCAGUCGCGCAAGGCGCACCGCAACGGAAGCCCAAGACCUCGAGAUACCCCUCGCUGAAGGGCACCGACCCCAAGUUCCGCCGUAACCAUCGUCACGCCCUGCACGGCACCAUGAAGGCCCUGAAGGAGCUCAAGGAGGGCAAGCGCGAGACGGCAUAG